CCGGGAACUGAGAGCGAGAGGGUGUGUGGAAUAUUCGUGAACAUCAAUUAUAAACUCUUUUGAAAAUGUAGAGGCAAAAAAACUAACACGUCUACGAAAGAUGUAGACUAUACAUUGAAAAAUAAGAAGAAAAAAAACAGUAGAAUAGUUUCGAACUCAGAGCACGCUCGAAUAAACUAAGGCAAAGACGAGGACAAGUGCUUGAAUUCGAACGAGUGAUCACAAUGCACAGACAGUGAGAGAAAACGAGGAAAAAAAGUGCGACCAAAAUGCAUUUACUGGCAACUCUCCUUUCGGCGUCCUGUUUGGUGUUCCUCGUCUCGCCACCAUGUCACGCUCGAGAGAAGCGAGUGUCGUCCCCACCGUCCAGAAGCAACGACUUGAAGGACGACCUCGACUUCGACUCGGCAGAUCGUGGGUCCUCGAGGAUCUUCAUCGAGGACGACCCUUGUCCUCUCCUCGAGGAUCAGAGGGAAGGCGAGGAGAAGGAGGACGAUAAAUGCCGAGGUUUCCUUCGAGGACGACCUCGAGCCACGGCGGCCUCGACCUCUAGUGACGACGACCUCCCCCUCGAGAACCAGGUCGUCGGAGGUCACAGCGCGAGGGUCGGCAGCUCGCCUUCCUUCGAGGAUAUCGGAGGUCAAAGGUCACAGGUCAAGAAGAGUAGGAGGAGAGGGAGAGACACCGAUGAUGAAAGAGGAAGAAGUGAAGGAGAAGAAGAGAGAGAGGAGAUAAACGAGAGAAUGGAAUUAAUUGCAAAGGACGUCGCGGAGGAAACCGAGCGUGGCCUUAGUGAGAACCUGAGGGUCACACGCAGCGAGCUUGACCUUGAAGAAGAAGGUCAGAAGCUGUGCAGGUCGAGGACGAAGCUCCUCCCACCGGACUUAUUCGAGGCGGACACGUGCGCCCUCUGCUACCACUACAUGAGGAACACCGACCUUUUCGUGAAUAAAUGGAGAAGCGUCGAAGUGGAGAGGGACAGCUGGGAAGAAGGUACGACUCAAGCCUUCAACAUCAACGUCUUGGAGACUCCGGAAGGCUCCUUGGUCGAGGCCAACGUCAGUUCAGAGAGACAACUUUCGUCCUUCAAAGUAGAAGAAGGAAGAGAAAAAUGGCGGACGUGUUGUCGGGCGGCGGUUUUGUGUUGUCGACAGAUGAUGGAGGAGCCGCAGUCUGCAGGGUACUGCCCGAGCACCUGGGACGGCUGGCAGUGCUGGCCGGCGACCUCCCCGGGCGAGGAAGCGAAGAGGCCCUGCCCGCCCUACGUCUACUUCGGGAAUCCUUCGUCGUGUCCCAAAAUGGCCACCAAGCAGUGCACUUCGAGCGGCACUUGGUUCAGCAUAACCGAACGCGACGGGCGACUUCGCGAGUGGAGCAAUUAUUCCUCGUGCGGGGAUCCGGACAAGAUCUCAUCUCGCCUCUACGUCCACAUCACAGCUUACAGCAUCUCCGUCGCCGCCCUCUUGCCCGCCCUCUGCAUCUUCAUGUCCUAUAAGCAGCUGCGUGUUCACCGCAUAACGUUGCACAAACAUCUGUUCAUCAGUCUACUCUUGGAAGCAACAAGUGUCAUUACGCUAAAACUUUUGCAACUGCGUAGAAAUGACCUUAUUGAAAAGAACCCGGCCUGGUGCAUCGGCCUCAACCUCCUUACCCGAUACACGAGUCUCAGCAACUACAUGUGGUAUCUGUGUGAAGGCUAUUAUCUUCACAAGCUCCUCGCGUCCGCUUUUGCCGAGCAGAACAGCCUCGUCGUUUUCUACUUGAUCGGAUGGGUGUUUCCUCUCCUGCCCCUGAGUAUUUACGUCGGAGUCCGAGCCUACUGGAAGGGGAGCAAAAACUGUUGGAUUCUGCCCAUGGAUGACCUCGAUUGGAUUAUUAACCUCCCGCCUCUCCUCGCUCUGCUGAUCAACAUAUUCUUCGUGGUUAACAUCAUCAGGAUUCUCGUCGGGAUAAUGCGAGCGCCAAAUGCCAACGAGCCUACUCAAUAUCGCAAAGCGGUACGAGCCACAAUGAUGGUGGUCCCUCUCGUAGGCCUACAGUACAUAGUCACCAUAUAUAGGCCUAGAGCAAAAGGCUGCGACUGGCUCAAUGUUUACCAUCUCAACAGCAUUAUAGAAGGAAGCACAGGGGCCGUGGUGGCUAUAAUAUAUUGCUACACGAACGGCGAGGUAAUGUAUUCUAGUGAAGUAUAUUACCCUGUGAAUGAAGUAAAACUAUGUAUUCUCAAUAGCUACCUCUACACUACAGAACCCUAUAUAACAUAUUCGCAUCCCUUGGCCCACAGACGGGACAAUUUUGUCACCCAGAUCCAGUGA